AGAUAACGUUCACAACUCUUACUGAAAGAAAUCAUUUACUGGCUGUUGGUUUAAGAGCUGAGUAACUAAACAUGUCUGAACCAAUUAAAGUGGAAUAUUCUUUUACUUGGAAAAUUGAAAAUUAUUCCUUUUGCUUUGAUAAACCUGAAGAAACUUUGAAAAGUCCCAUUUUCACUGCUAAUAAUUUAAAUGGAAGCAAAUGGUUUUUGACAUUUCGCCCUUAUAAAGAAAAGGGUACACAUGUUAUAGCAUGUUACCUGAAUCGAUGCAAAGAGGACCUGUGUAGCGAAGAAAUACGCAUUUAUUUCGCUAUUGCGUUGAUAAAUGGAAAUGGUUUUAGCGCGGUGGAACAGGAAAAUAGCAUCGCGACAUUUCAUCGAGGAACAAUGAACGGUUGGGACAAGUUCUCUGAUAUAUCAGGCUGGGCUAGUGUGGAUAAUCGGGAUUCGAGUUGGAAAAAAGAUGUUUUGACCAUCCGUUGUAAAAUAAUGAACCACUUAAACCGGCCCGAAUCUGUAGCUGUCACUGAAAUUGGAAUCGACAAGUACUCAUUUCAGUGGAAAUUAAAGCUUUCCGACUGUGUCGCGGCUUCUCAAAAAAAGAACUUUUCACUUUCAGAAACAUCGCAGUAUGAAAUCUCUGUAAGUGCACCAAGCGAUCUAAUUGAUAUCAAAGUUGAAGCAGCUGCAGAAUAUUUAUCAUCUCAGCAAUUUUUACGGGGUAAAAUAAUUUUAUUGAACCAGGAGGAUGUUGAAGUUAUAUCAAAAAAUGACAAGCAUUUAUUUAAUUUGGAAGAUGACAAUGCUAUUUGGAACUUCCCGUCUUUUAUUUCCAAGGAAAAACUGAGCAGUUAUUUAAAGAAUGAUAUUUUUUCAUUACUUUGCGAAUUUUCAGUGGUUAAUGGUAAAGAAUCGUCAGAGAUUUCAAGUUCUGCUAUCUCUUUUCAAAUCAACUGCAACAAUGUUCUAACUUUGAGUGAGGAUCUUUUGAAUCUCUUUACGAGCUCCAAACAUUCGGAUGUAGAGCUACGAUCCGGAAGCGCAACCUUUUCAGUACAUAAAUCUCUUCUUGCUAUUCGAUCCCCUGUGUUUUCCGCCAUGUUCGACCAAGACAUGAUCGAGAAACACUCGGGUGUCGUAGAUAUUUCAGACAUAGAUCCUGAGACAUUAAAAACUUUUCUCACAUUCAUAUACACGGGAGCUGUUGACAUAGAGGAUUCUGAUAACGCUUUAAAGUUGAUGAUGGUCGCUGAAAAGUACCAAAUGCCAUCAUUGAAAGAAGCAUGUUCAUUCUUUCUCAUGUCAGCCAUUUCACCCAGAAAUUUGUGCGACAUACUGGAUUUGGCAGAAAUGUUAAACUUGAAACAGCUGAAGAAAUGCGCACUGGAUUACUUUGCAAAACACACGAAGAAAAUUAUGGUUUUGCCUCAGUGGAAAGCAUUCUCCAAGAAGAACCCAGAAUUAUCGAUGGAAACAUUUUCAUAUGUUGUUGAAAACUUUGAAAUUCCUUCAAAAAAGAAUUAGAAUAGUACCUAUUACCGGAA